AUGGACAAGAGCUAUGAUGACCUCCUGGUAAAUGUGCCAAAGAUAAGCCGACAGGAGCUGGCAGAGGCUUGCGAAGACUUCAGCAACAUAAUUGGAUCGUCUCAGGAGACAGUUGUGUACAAGGGAACUCUGAAGGAUGGCCGGGAAAUCGCUGUUGUGUCGCUGACUGUUCCGGUGAUAGAAAUGUCAAGACUGAGCCAUGAAAACGUUGCGAAGAUGGUGGGAUACUGCAAGGAGUCUGAUCCAUUUUCAAGAAUGCUAGUCUUUCAGUAUCCACCAAAUGGGACACUCUACGAGCAUCUGCACGUUGCUGCACUGACGUCUAGUUCAGUUUACCUAACCGAAGACUUCUCCCCAAAGAUAAUUGAUUUCGAGAGGUGGAGAUAUCUCGCGACCAAACCAGGAUUUGCCUCACUGAAUGGCGGGUCAGUCAACAGCAUUACAGAUUCUCGGCAUAAGUGCUUCAUGGACGUCCAGGCCAACACGUAUGCGUUCGGCGUGAUCCUGCUGGAGCUGAUCAGUGGCAGAGCCUCGGUUUCCAAAGAUACAGGGGGCUUAGUGGAUUGGGCAAGAAAGCACCUGGAGCAGCCCGAGGAGUUCAGCAAGCUGGUGGACCCGAGGCUGCAGAGCGUGAACCAGGAGAGCCUGGGCAUCGUCUGCAACGUGGUGAACCUGUGCAUCGACCUGGAGCCGUCGCGGCGGCCGUCCAUGAGCAUGAUCGCGGCCAUCCUGGAGGAAGGCAUCGAGGCGUCGGCGGCCACCAUGCUCAGGAAUUCGUCUCUGGCCUGGGCCGAAGCGGAGCUGGCCAUCUCCUAG